CCCCCUCUACAAGUUGGUCGUGAACAGCUACAAGUACCACACUUGACCACCAUACAGCUCAACGCCCCCCGCACCAUCUUCGAAAGCCGCCCAGCAUGUCGAUGGAGAUCGACUCCAUCGCGCUCGAGCAGCGGCCGACCACGAUGGCAACAGUGCUUUGCUACAAUUGUGGCGCACCGAUUGAUGGCACCCAAGCAGCAGGCGCUUUGUGCAAUGACUGCCUGAAGACCACUGUUGAUAUCACAUCCAGUAUCGAGCGAGACGGUAUAUUGCUCAUGUGCAGAGAUUGCGAAAGAUGGCAUUCGCCCCCAGCUACCUGGGUUGUAGCGGCACCUGAGUCUCGAGAACUGCUUGCUCUUUGUUUACGGAAACUGAGAGGUCUACACAAGACAAGGAUCAUUGAUGCGAGCUUCAUUUGGACAGAGCCACAUUCGAGGCGUGUCAAGGUGAAGAUCACAGUACAGCAAGAGGCGAUGCAAGGCACGAUACUGCAGCAAACAUUCGAAGUGGAAUUCACACAGAAUUACAAGCAAUGUCCUGACUGUGCAAAGUCGUACACACACAAUACAUGGCGCGCUGUCGUUCAAGUGCGGCAAAAAGUUUCUCAUAAAAGGACGUUUCUGUACUUGGAGCAGCUUAUCCUCAAACAAGGAGCGCACAACAACACGAUCAACAUCAAAGAGGUACCUAAUGGCAUUGAUUUCUACUUUGCUGAGAGGAAUAGCGCCGAGAAGUUUGUGGAUUUCCUGCAGUCUGUUGUCCCUGUGACGACGAAAAAGGCACAGGAAUUGAUCUCGAUGGACACACACACGAGCGUCAAGAGCUACAAGUUCACAUUUUCCGUCAACCUGGUGCCAAUUUGUAAGGACGAUCUGGUAGCCCUACCACCCAAGCUCGCAAAGUCAAUUGGCAACAUCUCUCCUCUCACGCUUUGCUACCGCAUUGGUACUUCAGUGAAUCUCCUCGACCCCAACACGCUGCAGACGGCAGACCUCAGCACGCCGAUAUACUGGCGAGAACCUUUUUCACCUCUUGCAGCUUCGAAAGACUUGAUCGAGUUCGUGGUGAUGGACAUUGAGCCGACUGGACAACGGCACGGUCGCUUCGAGCUUGCAGAAGCCACGGUUGUCCGUGCAUCCGAUCUUGGUGUCAACGACAACACAUAUCUUAUCCGUACACAUCUCGGCAGUGUGCUGAAUGCAGGCGACAGUGCAAUGGGCUAUCUUCUUUCAGGAACGCAAUUCAAUAACCCGAACUGGGAGGCACUCGAGGAAUCAAAAAAGUACUCUGGCACGAUCCCUGACGUAAUACUGGUCAAGAAGCACUACGAACGUACUAAGAAGAAGAGUGGCAAGGGUCGCAACUGGAAGUUGAGGAGAAUGGCUCGCGAGGAGAGUGAAAUGAAGCCAAGAAAACAAGAUCAGGACCGCGAUGAGAUCGAUUAUGAGCAGUUCUUGCAGGAUCUUGAGCAGGACCCUGAGCUCAGAGGCAACCUCAAUUUGUACAGAAAUAAGGACGCCGCGGCUGCGGCUGCUGCGGCCAGCGAGAUGGAGACUGACGAUGAGGACGAUGACGGUCUCCAGAUACCGAUGGAUCAGCUCAUUGACGAGAUGGAGGACAUGGGAAUGGACGAUGUCAGCGAAGAGGAAAGUGAUGAUGAGUAGCAGAGUUGAGCUCGUACUAAAGGUGUUGCUGUUAUAUCUGAUACUGUCAGUUGGUGGACGUGGACAUUUCUCGACGAGAGAAGUCGCGAACAUGCGUCAUUGAGGUAUAGAGGAGAUUUCUAGAGUACUCAUAGCCCUGUCGCCAUGGGCCGCGCUAUGCAGCUACAAAUAAUGCACUGGGGCGGAUUCAAUGGCUUGCCGAGCUAUCUUGAGCCGAGAUCUCUUCAUCCUAGGAGGUGGCUGGUCACACGAGCAGCUGAGAG